ACUACAUCCGGGACACGCUUCCGUGUUUCAUGUUGUAGAGUGAAGUGUGGUGGUAACACACCGACGUAGUCAAGAGUAGUUUUGGUCUUUUAAAGCGUUAAACGAACUCACAGCUACAAUGGAGGACCGUCAGCUCGACCUGACAGAGGCACAGAAAGCCACCAAGUCAAAAUACCCGCCAAUCAACAAGAAAUAUGAAUAUCUGGAUCAUACAGCAGAUGUACAAAUUCACUCCUGGGGGGACUCUCUAGAGGAAGCCUUCGAACAGUGUGCCAUGGGCAUGUUUGGCUACAUGACAGACACAGAGACAGUGGAACCUAUUGAUACAGUUCAAGUUGAAUCAGAGGGUGAAGACAUGGAAUCUCUUCUUUUCCACUUCCUAGAUGACUGGUUAUACAAGUUUUGUGCAGAUAUCUUCUUUGUUCCGAGGGAAGUCAAAGUUUUGAGCUUAGACAGACUGCACUUCAAAAUCCGCUCUAUUGGUUGGGGCGAGGAAUUCUCUCUGGAAAAGCAUCCACAGGGAACUGAGGUGAAAGCCAUCACCUACUCUGCAAUGCAGAUCUACGAUAAAGAAAAACCAGAGAUAUUUACCAUCAUUGAUAUCUGACGAUACCUCCAGAGGCGGAGCACACUCCUGGUUCAACGGAACUGCAAUAUCUACAUGGCCAAUUUAAGUGGCCUUUUAACGAAGGCACUAGUUAUUGAUUUGUAAAAUCUGGUUUUCUACUUGAAAGUAGUACUACUGUUUGCUAACAUGAGCGUUUCACAUCAUUUCUUAUGAUUAUGGGGGCACAGCGGAAGAGCUCUCUGGCAGAUUACAGAGGGGUUAUAACCCUGUUAUAAUAUAAAUAGCAUUUUUUCCAGGAAUCACAGAGUACACAAAUAAUAGAUCUCUCUCAGUUUUACCUGAAAUUCUUUGUUAAAUUCUUAUUUAUCUCUCAUUUUAAUUGUGCUGAUGCCUUAUUAAUCAUUGUAAAUAAAUAAACAGAUGUUUAUUUUUC